ACUUUGCUCUGGUUCUGGAGCUCUCUACAUCUCAUGCACUCUCUACACUCCUGAGUACCACCACUGAAGGAACAUUCUCGGUUUUGUCUGCACCAACAAAGACACCCUCUCCCACAUCUCAGCCUGGUUUGAAUUAUAGACCAAGUUGUAGUCAAAUUCGUUUUGGCAUGCAUGCAUCAAUUCUAAAUUUAAAGCCCUGCACCUUCAUUUGGCUAAGUUAAGUAUUCUAUCUCACAAAUUACAGCUGUGGCACCAACCAUGUUGCAUCCAAUUGUUACAACAGUUGGACUUCAAAAAACCCGUGUAGCUAUCUUCACUUUACUUGACCUUGCCAUUAGUGGACUCUUUGUUUGAAAGUUGUUUUUAUAUUUGCAGGUUUUUACUCUGCUAUUGAACCAGUAAUUAGGGGAAUAUGUUGCUCCUGUGUUUUUGUCAGAGGCUCAUCUGCAAUAGGGUGUUCUCUGAAACUCUACUCUGAUGAACACACACUGCUGGUCUUCAACAUUUCUCGGGGAACAAAUGAUUAUGUAGCUACCAGUUUUAAAAUGCUUUACGAUGCAACAAACAGGGGUAUUUGGUUUGUCUGUGCAUGAAAUACAAGAGGAUGGAUCUGAAGGGCCUUCUAUGUUUCACCUUCAAGAUGAAAAGCUUGAAAUCAGGCCAAUCUGUGGCAACACCAAGCCUGAGAGUGCUUCAAAAUCCAGAGUAAUGACUGGACUUUCAGUUGCACUGAGUCUAGCACUGGUUAUUCUCCUACUGACUACUCUGACCACGUGCUUCUUGUUGGUUACAAACCAGAGGGCCAGACACAAGAGAAAUAGCACAAUCACACAAAGUGAUCUCCAAGCAGUUUCACCCUUGUGUCUUCAAACUCUUGAAGAUGACAAACUAGAAACGCAAGCAGUUGUCAAAACAGUGAAGCUGUAAACAAGAGAAGAAAGUAUUAUAGUAGUUCGUUUGCAGACAACACAAACCAUAGUGUAUACCCAAUGAACUCUGUUAUCUUAGGAAUUUAUUGCUGUUUCAUGUAACUGAUGACUUUGUAGAAAUCCACAUGUCCUACAGUUUCCUAGUCAACCGAGUUUGUUUAAAGUAACUGACCAU